AUGUCGCUCCUAGCCAUGGAAAUUUCUCACUCAAUUGCUUUGUUCCUCAAGGACUUCUGUGAUCAAGUGCAUGUAACAGACAUUCCUCAAAUUGAAGCUGUCGACUGCCCCUCCAACAAGAGGCGUAAGCGCCCGGCAGACUAUCGAAUUUUCGUCGGAAAACCCAGCCACUCAAAUCUGCAGCCGCACUUGCAACGUCUGGUUCAUGAACUGUUAUCUGCGAGUGUGUCUUGGACUGUGCCUCUUUGCAGUUGCCAGCUCCUGUCACCAUUGUAUGUCGAGAUUUCCGUGAACCGAGCUGCAGCUUACAGAUCAUUGUUUAAUUUUAUACUUGGCUCGGGAGGAGCAAACUGUCAGCAGCAGCAGCAGCAAAGGGGUGGUGGCGAAACUGUGCUGGUAUUUGUCCCCCACCUAGAUGACUCAUUCACAGGAAUACGAACUGAAAUGUUAGCUGCCUAUGCUUCAAGAUGUUAUGCUGACAGGAAUGUAGGUGUUACUAUCUACGCUAGCAAGCCAUUACACGCAUUAGAGCGGUAUGUUUUUCAUAACGUAAUAGUGUGCAAUGAAGGUUUUCCAUCUGGGACAAAUGGAAAUGACCUGGCGUGCAUGACCAAGUGCACAAAAUUUUUCGAUGAGGGUGACAUGACAUUUGAUCUUAAAAGCUACGUUGUAAGUGAAGGUAUUGAUGUGUCUGGUUAUGACGUGUACCUUGGUAAAGUGAGCAUUGAAAGCCCUGCAUUUUUGAUUGCACGUCAACUUGCACACAUCUUCAAAACUUGCUGUGACACUAAGCCUAGCACCUUCCUUGUUGUUGUACCGGCCUGUAAAAGCUUUGUGGUACAACAAGCUGGGCUCUUGUGCACAAUAAUGCUUUCCCAGGAACAGCUGAACAGGCCCCAGCCAACAGUGCUUUAUCUGAUUCAUGAAGGAACUUUCGAACCAAGCGACCGCUCCUUUGAUGACUACUUGCAGCAGAGGAGGACUUUCGUGACUGGAGCCUUUCACCGUCCUCAAGUAGAUCUGCUGGCCUCUGCUGGAGGCUGCUGUCUUGAAGAUGAGCCAUCGCUGACUGGCGACAACUUACAGGCAGCAAUUGAUGUGCUCGUGGAAACUGAAAUCGCUUACGAGUUCCUUUCAAGCAAGCAGAAUGUCAAGUUGAAACUGUGUGAGCGCUUGAGCCAUGCAGAGAAGGGCCAUUACUUUUCCCAGUACACAUUGGCUAGGAUUGCUGCUAUACUAAGCAAGUACGAGUCAUCUGUGAAAGCAGGCACUUACCCAGCACUGUGCCGUCUGGAAGACGUCGACUUUAACCUGCUCUCCGAAGAGUCCGAGUGGCUGCUCUGGCACAGACUGUUGCUGUGCUGCCAGGUGCUGCAAGAACCCGUGCCCCAGACGCUUUCUGGCAGCGUCAAAGUCGAAGUCAAUGCGCACAGUCUCCUCAGAGCCCUGGAAGCACUCUGCACAGAAUUCAGUGCCUACUACAGUAAGGUCCGUGUUCUGGUUCAUCCGGAGCCACACUACGCCACUGUGUUUGCACGAAUCUGGCUCCUCAAGGUUGUUCAGAAGACAGUGCUUGGUGUACUGAACAGGUUUGGCUUGAGAGGGCUGGACAGAAUGUGACUGUGAUGUGCUUAUGUAGGACCACUUCGGUGUGUGUAUGAAAUGUUUCCUUGCUGAACGGAUUGGACAGAAUGUAACUGCUAUACUUUUAUAUUUGACUUUUUGUUUGUGAAUGUUUCUGUUGAUGAGUUCUUUAUGGUGCUUGAGGUUUUGUUUAAAGGGAUGGAACAGAAUGAUGCUGCGAUUUGUUUUAUAGUGGGGCUACUUUCUGUAUGGCUGUUUUCUUGGUGAUGUACUGGGCCACGUGUGAGGUUUUGUUUGGAAGGACUGCAUGAAAUGUGCUUGUUACAUAGGUAGCCCAAUUUAAAAACGUGUAUGUUUCUAAAUUGCACUUUUUUGUGUGCUUUGUACGUAAAUUUCGCUUUCAUUAUGUUCUAGGUUGAUAUUUGAGGUUUAUUUUGAAAUUGUUGCACAAAGUGCAAUUGUUAUAUCUUUGCACUGCACUUCUUUGUGUGUGAACGUUUCUUUUCGACAUGUAGUGGUAGUAGUUUGGUAGUUGAGCUACAGCGACUCCAAAGGGGGCUGAUGGGAUGAAAUGAAGGUAACUUCAAAAAAAAAAGAUAAUGACGCCUUAUGCUAUUGUAACAGUGUCAUACGUACAAAGUACACACAUAAAGUUGGGAGCAUUCACUGCAUUGCAUUCUUUGUGUACUUUUAUUUCUUGCCAUAUUGCAAUAUCUUUCAAACAUCUCUACACUAAUUGCAUUUUUUUUUCUCUCUUUCAUUCCUUGUUGCUUUGCAAAAGGAGCUACAGUCCGCGAAAGCAUACCUGCCAACCUGAAGACUACCAAAUUCGUACACUCGCGACGGAGGGGGGGGGUACACGAAAAAAAAAAAAAAUUUGCUUUCAAGGUCUUUUUCUUUGUGCUUUCACAAUCACAUGUUCAAUUUCACUGUUUCGUUUUCCUUAUACAGCGAUGGAGAACAGUCCCUUAUGUAACUAUUUUUGCAGCGAUUUAGCUGUUGCCGACUUAGCUUGCUCUAGAAACUUCUCUGUGUAAUUUUGUUCAAAGCAAGUUCCACUCUGGUGUCCUUUAACCAUCAGGAGACUUUCAAGGGACGUGUCAGUGACAGAUGAGCGAAACUCUGUUCGCGUCUUGUUCACUGUGCUGAAUAUUUGCUCGCACUCAGCAUUACUGUGGGGAAUCAACAGUAUCUCCAGCAUAACCACUGAAACUCUUUGGAACCUGAGCGUUCCCUCAACACCUCGAAUGUUUCCAACUUCGGCCCACUGCACAUCGCACCUAGGCUUGUUCAAUAUGUCUGAAGGAAGCUUGUGUGCUUGAAAGGUGGCAAAUUCGACUUCGAGUGCGUCGAUGGCUGCUGCUCUUGAUUCAUCGCUCUGCCGAGGCAGCAUUGCAGGGAACAAAUCAAGGAAAUGGCGUAUACUGCUGAAUGAAGCAGUUUCUAACGACUUCACUUAGGCAACUUCAGCCAUUUUAAGGUUGACGUCUUCAAGUGGAAACUUGUGGCGAAUAUAGUCACAUGCCGUUGCAAAGUAAAGACGUACGGCAGAAAAGAACUGCUCUCUCUCAAGAGCGCUCAGCUUUGCAACAACGGAGUAGGUUGUGCUGCCAAUUAAGAUGUUUCUAUUUUCUUUUUGGUUUUCUGCAGCUCCACAGACAAUUGAGAGCAAUGAUUGAGAUCCCUUGACCAACACCUGGGCGCACAAAUCUUGUCAGAAGAUCCUCGAGAAGUUGGUUCAAGAGACCCCUCAGUACAUGAAUCUGAGGAGCCUGUGCCUGAAGAAGGCAGUUUGUCUUCUCAAUAAGCGGCACUAUACUUUGCAGGAAAAGACAACACGCCCUGCUGAGCUCUGAUGAUAAAAAAUAAAACACGCGUUCCUCACGGGACACAUGGCUAGCUUCAGAUUCCUCAGUCUGAAGUUUUAGCUUUUUUGCUUAUGGUGCAUUACUUGCUUUUUUUCUCUUCAAUGAGGGUCCAUCUUCAUCGGUGUUUCUUUGUCCAAGACCCACAGCACUCCUGGGGGUUUGUGCGCAGCCCUUCGGUGUUAGUCCAGAAGUCCUUGGGAUUUGGUAGGACUCCAAAAACAAGCUCUGCUUGUCGCACUUUUUGGAUUCACACAAAAAAAAAGCUGAGAAGUGGCUUCCACUGGUUCAGUAGCCUGUUUAAGCACUUGCCCAAAGACAGCCAACGUGUAGGCGAAUGCUUUAAGAUCUUCCUGACGUCGACGUCAUGCAUCUUUUGGAAUUCUUUCAGUUGGUCUUUCCGUUUCGAGCUUUUCUUGAGUUUAAAAAAAAAUGUCAACCAAAAGCUCAUCAACUUUUACAGGAAGACAUGAAGCUGCUUUAUGGGCGGCCAAGUUAAUGCGAUAGCACGGGCAACCAACUCUAAUCAAACUUGGCUGAGCUCCUCUCAGCACUGUAGUUACGCCGUUUUUCUUGCCGAUCAUUACAUUGGCAUUGUCUGAGGACAUGGCCAGAAGGUUUUCUAUAGACAGAUUCCUAGACUUCAUUUCGUCAAGAAUCAAAUGUCCGAUCUUUUGACCGGUCGCCUCACCUUCGAUGGUCCCGAGGCAAAGAAGGCGGCUUUCAACUCUAGUGGCUUCCUUAACAUAAUAGGUCGCAACUAUUUGGUAAAGCUGUGAGUCCCUACUGUUGCUCCCGUCCACGGCGAUCAAAAACGGCCGCUGUUUAAGCGCAUCCAGCAAAGGAGCCAUGGCGUUCGUGGCUAUUUCCCGAACGAUCGCCGUCGUCUUCGUUCGUACACACGCGUAGCGCUUAGCUUCGUCGCACCUAGGGAACAUUUUCCAGAAAAGUGGUGCAGCGUGGUCACUGAUGCUCAGCGGGAUGUUAUGUUCAACUAAAAAUGGAGUGAAAAAGCAUUCAGCCCGAAUCACGCCAAAGUCGCUGUCGUUUCUCACAAAACUUGUCAGGCUUGCCUGGUUGCCCGCGGCUCGCAGAGACGCCUGGUGCUUUUUCGAAGCGAUGUGGACUUUGAUGUCGGCUCUGCCACCAUGCGAAAUGCUCACAUCACAACGACACACGGUGCAAAAUCCGAAUUGUCCCCUUUCUUUGACGGCACUAAACACGGGAAUUCUGUCGUGUACGAUUUCAAGAACACUUGAAAGUACUGCCGAGGCUUCGAGCACACCAUCACCAGUCGUUACGAAUCCGAAGAGUCGCACUGCGCCGAAUGCAGCUACGAUGCAGCAGCUAGUUGCACAAUAGAAAACGAGGCUAACACAACUGGCACACCGGCAAAAAAAAAAGACGGCCUAACGAAGACGACACAGGGGUGACCGGAAGUGACGACGGGCUGCAGCAUCCUAUCUAGAAAAUGCCUGUCGCAUCGACCCAAAAUCACCGUCGUGCCUGGUGGCACCACUAUCUUGAGAGUGGUUUGAGGAAAGCAGCGCCCCCUUCCAACAAAAACGCUUUAUUAGAAAAAUUUUUCGUGAAAAAAAAAGUUUUCCGUAUGAGUUGAGUCUAUAUUCGUAAAAUCUUAAGAUGGUUCCAAAUUCAUACAUUUUACGGAAAAUUCGGAAGAGUUGGCAGGUAUGGCGAAAGAAUGUCCUGAUUACAUGGCCAUUCAGUGCUCAAGAGUUGUUUCAGUUAUCAUGCCGAAACGGCACUACUGGACACAGUAUGCUCGAAAUGCACUGCUGUGAAUUGAAAAAUUGAAUUAAGAACAGCAUGUAUUCCACAGAGGGCACUGCACACAAUUCUCACAGAUCAGUUAAGAAAUGUGCAAAUUACUUCAUUUGUAAAUUGUCUUCGCUGUUUGUAUGCCGGAAUGGACACUCAAUUUUUAGCCGGCACAGUGCUUGUGGAAUUGUGGAAGCAGUUUACGAUAGCCUAAGCAUUGUACCAAUAUAAUUUGGAAUGUGCAAACACACUUGCGUACAUAUUUAAGUUGUCAUCUUGCAAUGUUCUUUCCAUGGCCUUGAAAAGUGAACCUGUUCACAAUAAAAGGGUUGAUAAAAA